AUGAAGAAAACCCUACGCGACUUCGCCCAUAUAUACAUGUUUUUAGCCGCUGAGAAAGAGUCGAGAGUGUCAAGAGUGUGCGCCGUGAGAAGAAGAGUUCAGAGGAAGAAGGAAGCCCUAGGAGAUCGUCCAAGAAGAAGGAGGCGCCGCUCAACUCCACAAUCGAUAGGUCCUUGUGGAUUCGAUCCCAUACUAUACUUACCUCGUUGCUGUGCACUUGCAGUUGCUGAGGGUCGUAUACUGUCUUCAGAUCCUGAGGAUUUCAUCAAUGACAUUCCAUUAGGGCCUAACUCUGUGAAGGUGCUGGUAGAAACUGCAAUCAUGACGGAGGCUUUUCUGUGGAGACCUGCACCUGACAUGUUUACAGUUGCACAAGCGGUUGGAGAAAUUAUUGCUUGGCCUCAAUGUUCUGCUCUACUCAUAGACAAUGGCGUCGAAUCAGAAGACAUUGCUCUGAAGAGCCCCAACGCCAGUUCUGUAAACCUCUGCAAGCUAAUGGAUUGGUCAACAAAUGAUGAAGAGUUCGUGGCUGAGGGCAGAUGGCAGUCUACUGAUCCUAAAGCGACAGUUAAUGGACUGCCUCUUGGUCCAAAUGCGGUUAAGGUAUUUGUGGAUGUCGUCCACUAUCCUGACACAUUUCUAUGGAGGCCAACAGCAGAACUUUCAAACAUGGAGGACUCUCUCAAAUCGUUCGUAGCAUGGCCAGUUAACAGGGUUGAUUUCGGUGGGGAAAUGCCAAAGACACCAGUAAUAUCAUCUCCGACGAUGUUUACUGCAGUAACUCCACCAGCUCCGGCAAAGAAUCCGCAGCAGACUCCUACAUGUUCUCCUGAUGAUCAGGUAUCUCAUUUAAUACUAACUAGAUUUACCUAA